CUGCCUCCGGCCAUCGCCGGAGUUCCGCCGCCUCGUCUGCAGCGCUAUCACCGCCUAGCUAGGUCGUGGCGUCGGAUGCUUCGCCGUACACUUGAACGCUGUGAGAGUCUUGCAAGUUGCAACUCGCGCGACGGGGCAGCAGACGCCAGACGAGUCCGAUACCCCGACGCCAAACGAGGAAGGGAAGGUGGUGGCGUCUGAACGUGCGGAUCCGGGAAAAGGACAUGGGAUGAUGUCCUGUGGCGAGGGCGGCGUCGACCACGACCAGCACUGCCUGCCCACUGGGCUACGCUACGCCUACGCUCGUCCAGUUGGCAGCGGGACGCCUAUAAAUUCCACCGCCGGCCGGAUCCCAUUCGUCCUGUCCUGCCCCGUGCCGUCGCCGACCAGCGAUCACCACUCCUCCGAUCCUCUGCUCUCCGCUCGCCAGGUUUCGGACUUCCAGUUGCCUCUGGAAUUCAGAGCUGCAGCUGAUCGAAGGCAUUCGUUGUAGUACUACCGAGCCGGACCCAGCCAGCACUCUCCAUCCAUGGCUGAUGCAGCAAAGGAUGCUGCAGUAGCGGCGGAGGCACAGCCUCUGGGACGGUGGCCGGUCCUGUCCUACGGCGUCGGCCACAUGCUGAACGACAUCACGUCGGCCUGCUGGUUCACGUACCUGCUCCUCUUCUUGCAGCAGAUCGGCCUUGCUCCCAGGGAUGCCGCUGUUGUGAUGCUCUCGGGUCAGGUCGCAGAUGGGCUGAUGACGAUCCUCGCAGGCGAGAUGAUUGACAGAUUUGGCCGGUUCAAGCUAUGGCACAUUGGAGGAUCGGUCCUCGUCGGCUUCUCCUUCUCUUCGGUCUUUGGUGGCUGUCUGCUGUGCACCAUUCUGGGGACAGAUUCGUACCUCGUGAGGACCGUGGGCUACAGCUUCUUCGCAGCGGUGUUCAACAUUGGUUGGGCGGCCACACAGGUCUCCCACAUGUCGAUGGUGAACUGCAUGACACUGAAUCCGACAAGCCGUGUAGCCUUAGCAAGCUGCAGAAAUGCGUUCACUAUGGUUGCAAAUCUCGGUUUGUAUGGGAUUGCUUUAGCUGUCUUUGGUGCUAUAAAGGCAAAAGAAUGCUCAGACAUUGUUAUCCAGUAUCGAUGGAUUGCAUACCUGUCCAUCUUCAUAGGAUGCUGCUUCCUGGUCGUCUUUCAUGUUGGAACCAAGGAACCUACCUUGAAGUCUGAACCUAACUGUAAGAAGAAGGCUCGGAUUUCCUGGGGCUACUGGUUCAAAAAGACCUUGUACUACCAAGUUGCUCUCCUGUAUAUGCUUGCAAGACUGAUCACAAACGUAUCUCAGUCGCUCAUCGCUUUCUACGUCACCAGAGAUUUGAGAAUGAAUGAAUACUCGAAAGCAAUAAUACCAGCCAUCAUAUUCUGCUGCAGCUUCUUCGUGUCCAUCGUUCUGCAGGAGAUCAAGUGGAACAGCCGGCGGCUCAAGUCCCUCCUCACCGUCGGCGCCACGCUCUGGGUCAUCUCCGGCGUCGCCGUCUUCGUCCUCCCGAGCGAGAUGCACAACCUCAUGUACCCUCUCGCCAUGGUCAUCGGCGCCGCCAACGCGCUCGUCAUGGUCACGACGGUUGGGCUGGAGAGCGCGCUGGUAGGGGAGGACCUGAACGGCUGCGCCUUCGUCUACGGCUCCCUCAGCUUCCUGGACAAGAUCUCCUGCGGAAUCGCCCUGUUUGUGCUGGAAUCGUACGAAGACACGAUGAGCUGCGGCGAGAAGAGGGGCCUGAACACGGUGAGCAGGUACGGGACGGGGCUGAUCCCCUCCUGCUUCGCCGUGAUCUCCCUGGUGGUCGCAUCCACUCUGAGGCUGCAGGACGCCAGUCCGACAGCCGCUGCACUGGAAGCCCCACUGCUCGUCUGACCGACUGAAGAAACCGGUGGCGAUGCUGAUAUCGAUCGGGUUGAAGAAAGAAGGAAAUGUGCAUCCUCUUCAAUUAGGUUUGAAGAGGAAUAUGUCCUCGCUUACUUUCAAUUAGAUUUGAAAGGAGGCCCUUUUGUAAUAAAAUUUGUCAUGCCGUCGUGUGAAAUAACAAGAAGUUGUACGUAACUCAAAUUUUGUGGGAAGCUUUUGUACACGUCAACAGAUUAUUAUACUACAGAGCAGGAACAGCAUCAUGGUCGUGGCUGAAA